UGCCGAACACGCCCGAAACCUUGCCGCACAUGACAAAUGUCAGUGGUAUGGCCUGCAGUUUUCAGGGCUUGUGAAAAUUCAGUAAAAAAGUGCAUUAAGUAGCAUUGUGUUCAAAACUGUAGUGUAGUGAACGUUGCUUUUGUUGUUUCAUCGUACGUACUGAUUAUUUCGUGUUUAGUCGCGGUGGCGCGUCGUCGGGCAUGCGCCUCGGCGUAGCAUGAGCGGUGCGCGCGCGCACGAGCCCCGCGACCCGCCGCGCCAGCACCGCUCCCACCACCCCCACCAGGGUGGCGAGCGGCGCGCGCGCAGGCGAUCCGGCGAACCGGUGCUCGACCGCGGCGCGCAAUCGGACCCGGACCUCCAGAGCCGGCUGCAGCCGGACCUCUCUUCAUAUUGGGGCUCGGCGGAUUCAAACUACUCGCAACCAUCCUCGGAGCUGUCGCUCGACGAAGAUAAAGAGGCUUCGCGCCGCGAGAAGGAGUCGCUGGCUCUCGUACAGCUUGAUAAGGCUCGGUCGAAACCAGUAGCGUUUGCAGUGCGGACCAACGUCGCGUAUGAUGGCACGGUGGACGACGACUCGCCCGUGCACGGCAGCGCCAUCUCGUUUGAAGUGCGCGACUACCUUCACAUCAAGGAGAAGUACGACAAUAAUUGGUGGAUCGGGAGGCUCGUGAAGGAGGGUUGCGACGUCGGCUUCAUCCCGUCGCCGGUGAAGCUGGAGGCGGUGCGCGCGGGUCUCACGGCGCGCGGCCGGUACCCGCGCCCGCCGUCCGCCGGCCUGCCGCCGCAGCCGCUCCCCAGCCGAGGUAGCACUCCCCCCACGCCCGAUAUCCCUACCAUCGAUAGAGGUGAGGAUUCAGAUUCCGCAGGCCGUGGUCGAGGCGCAGGCGCCUUGCCCGCCAACAAGGAGAAACGGAAACCAUUCUUCAAAAAGCAGGAAGCCUGCACGCCCUACGACGUGGUGCCGUCCAUGCGGCCCGUCGUGCUCGUCGGCCCCUCGCUCAAAGGCUACGAGGUGACGGAUAUGAUGCAAAAGGCGCUGUUCGACUUUCUGAAAAGACGCUUCGAGGGCAGGAUAAUAAUAACACGUGUGAUGGCGGACAUAUCGCUAGCGAAGCGGUCGCUUCUGAACAACGCCUCGAAGCGAGCUAUCGUGGAGCGCUCCAACUCGCGUUCCACUUGCCUCGUGGAAGUUCAGACGGAAAUCGAAAGGAUAUUCGAUUUAGCGAGGACGCUGCAGCUGGUUGUGCUGGACUGCGAUACCAUCAACCAUCCAUCUCAGCUCGCGAAGACCUCACUGGCUCCUACGAUCGUCUAUUUGAAAAUAUCCAGUCCGAAGGUGUUGCAGCGGUUAAUAAAAUCCCGCGGUAAAGGUCAGAGCAAGAACCUCUCGGUGCAGAUGGUGGCCGCAGAGAAGCUGUCGCAGUGUCCGCCGGAAAUGUUCGACGUCAUUCUCGACGAGAACCAGCUAGAGGAGGCCUGCGAACACAUCGCUGAGUAUUUGGAGGCGUACUGGGCGGCGACGCACCCGCCGCAGCCCGCGCCCAGCGCGCACGCGCCGCACGCGCCGCUGCCGCACGCGCACGCGCACUCGCACGCGCACCACGCGCAGCCUGAACCCCCCGCAAAUUCCGGAGGACACCGGGAGAGGUCCGACUCUUACAGCUACGAGAGAGGAAGAGGUAGAGCGCGCGUGCAACGCCCGGAGCGACUCGAGGAGGAGGAAUACUACCCUCGCGAGCACUACCAGCGCUACCCGCGGGACUACCCGCGGGAAUACCACGAGGGCUACUCGUCGGAGUACGCGCACGACCCGUACGAGCGCGAGCGCGAGGCGUACGGCCACGACUACACGCGGGAGUACGGGCGGGAGUACGCGCGCGAGGCGUACCCGCGGGAGGAGCGCGGCGCGCGCACGCGCGAGCGCGACGCGUCGGACGAGUACGGCGCGUCGCGGCGCGCGCUCAACGCGGUGUAGCUCCGCGUGCGCGCCGGCCACCCCGGCCCGCCCGCUCCGCAUUGUAUCCCUACCGCCGUGUCUUACAUUCACGCUUCGACUUAUAUUACCUUUCGACGCCAGCGAAACUAGUGAGAGGUCGAUGCCGCGUCCAUGUAUUUUUUAGGGACGCCCGACCACAUUAGUAAAGUUUUAGUAACUGGCGUCAUCCGAUCUAGACUCCUCGAUGUCGAGCGUUUGUCGCUUUAUUUACGUAAAUUUUUGCGUCGCCACUUUUUUGUUUCGGCACCCUUUCGAGAUUUAUAUUAGCGCUUAAUAGACGUCCGAUGGAUCCGAUCGAGGGCGAACAAUCGUAUUUGGCAAGUUGCGUGUGCGGGCGGGAUACAGUGCGGACGGUCGCGCGAGGGGCCGGUUUCCCGCCCGGCCGCCGCCGCCGCCGCCGCCGCCGCCGCCGUCGCGGACGCUCUUUCUACUUGCUGAGCUUUAGCGGCACGCUUUUGCGACGAGUGCAGUGUGUGAGCGAUCAGCUUGUGUUCUUUGGUUUUACCCCCUCCGUUUAAUGCUUUGGAUUAUCCACCGUCGACGUUACCAAUAGAUAUAUCAUUAAAAAGAAGCAACGAAGACCUAUGUAGCGUACAUACGUAAUAAGAAACCUCUUUUGAACUUAUUAUUAUUAGGUAUUUUAAAGAAUAAUAUGGACAUUUCUGGUGAAUUUGUGACGAUAAAAAAAUGGAUGAAUGUACAAUUUUCUUAAAAGCACCAUACAUUAGAAUAAUUUCACAUUUAGCUUAACCGUAUUUACUGUGGAUCGGUUUCUCGUUGGUGGUAUGUCUUAUUGGUAAUCGAAACAUUUGUACCGAUCCCAUCACUGAUGAGUAUACGAAUAUGUUAUAACCGCAAACUAUAUAGAGUGUUUAAAAACUACGUUUAUAAUAUUAUAAAAUGUAAAAUAUUUUUGUUCUCACUCAGUUAAUUCUCUUUCCAGAAUCUUAAAAUAUAAUAUACCCAAAAUAUAACACGAUACACACGACUUUGAUUGAAUUGUAAUAUUAUUCGAAUAACUAAGACAACCAAUUUCCAAAUUUUACUUUAUAUAAAAGUAAUUUGCCUUUAUACACAUGAAACUAUUUCCGAAUCCAUAAAUCCUAGAUAUCCGUUUUGUUCGAAUCCUUUGCUUGUCGUAUAUUUGACAUAAGCUAUACGAGUAUUUACUUAUUCAAUUCUCAAAGACAAAAGAAUGGUGUUUGUAUGGAAGUGUUUCUUUGAUCUGUGUGGAAGAGUGCUGGGUUAGGUUAGGUUGGAGCCACUGGCGAAGUAAGCUCGCGUGUAAUGUAUAAAUUUUAAAUAUUAUUGAUAAUUCUAGUGCCGAUAGAUAUUACCUGUUCCCAUUUUUUGAACAUACAUACUCUUGUAAUUAUAAAGCAUCGUCUGUAUUUCAUUGUUGCAAUCAUUUGUAAAUAAAAUACUUUAUAUCGA